AUGACCAAGCGCGCCGGCGGCCUCGACUGCAUCACCCCGAUUCACACGAGCUUCCUGGAUGUGGACCCGCUGGACGCCAAGUAUGCCAAUGUCACGCACAUCCUGCUGGACCCUUCGUGCUCGGGGUCCGGCAUUGUGUCCCGCAUGGAUGCCCUCGUUGACGAGGAGGAGGUCACCGAUCCGGCUCGCCUCGAGGCGCUGGCUGCCUUCCAGGAGAGUGCCAUCGCCCAUGCCAUGCGGUUCCCGGCCAUUCAGCGGGCGUACAUCUACCGCGACGCGGCCUGGGUCCUCCAGCAGCUGGCCGCGCGCAAGGGAUCGCUCAAGCACCUGAUCGCCUCGGACAAGGUCAACCACAAGCGCAAGACAUAUGCCCUGGUCUGUGAGACACUCAAGUAUGGUCCGGCCAUCGAUACGCUCAUUGAGAAGAUCGAACUGCCCCGACUGGCGCGGCCCCUGUCCAAGGAGCUGCUCAUGGUCAUGGUGUAUGAGACGCUCCUGUCGCCGAAGGCCCCUCCCGGGAACACGCCCACGUCGGGGCCCUUCUUCCAGCGCUUUGGCCCGCUGGGGCGGACCUUCCUGCCGCAUGUGUCGCUCCUGCGCACGGCCCUGGUCAAGUACAAGAUCGCGCGCGGCGUGGCGGACAACACCGAGCUGAUGUCGGAUCGCGCGCGCCAGGUGGAGGCCCACUUCGUGCCGAAGUAUGUGCGGGUGAAUGCGCUGCGUGCGGACCAGCCGGUGCCCGGGCUGAAGGCGGCCCCGGAGACGGGCCCCAUGGCCGACAGCGAGGAUGAGACCUUCGAGCCGGGCGUCCGGCGCUUCAUCGAGUACCUCCGGGCCGAGCGGUGGACCGAGCUCCCGCGCGGCACGCCGAUGGCCGUCCUGGCGCAGGAGUUCGUACGUGGCUGCCACUGA